AUGGAGAUGUUGAGAAGCUCCACCUUUCAAACAAAGGCAAAGGGGAAUCUGUUAUCCUUUAUUGAAUUCGAUGCAAGUGUCAAUAAUAUCAAUGGCAGUGUACCUGAAGCCCUGGUCCGAUUGACAAACUUGAACUUUCUUGGAUUAGGUGAGAACAAGUUGGUUGGUAAUAUUCCUUCCUCAAUCUUUAAUCUCUCUUCCAUCACAACUUUUGAUAUAUCAAUUAACCAAGUUCAAGGGAGACUUCCCUUAGAUCUUGGAAUUUCUUUUCCAACUCUUCAAUGGUUUUCAAUUGAAAUUAACUUGUUUACUGGAUCCAUUCCUAUUUCAAUAUCAAAUGCAACCAACCUGCAUCACCUUGACUUAGGACGGAAUAAAUUUAUUGGAAGAGUGCCUCCUUUGAGAAUGAUGCACAAUCUUGGGCGGUUAAACUUUCAACAAAAUCAUCUUCGAACAGGGGAAGCUGGUGACUUGAAUUUUCUUAGCUCAUUGCCCAAUGCCACCAAUUUGAACUUUUCGAGGAUGGGCUCCGACAAUUUUGGAGGGGUGUUUCCAGAAUCAAUUGGCAAUUUGUCCACUAAUCUUGGUAUCCUUUUUUUGGAUAACAAUAAAAUAGGUGGGAGCAUCCCAACUGAGAUGGCGAAUUUGGUCAAUUUGCGGGCUUUGGACAUGUCAGACAAUCAUUUCAUCGGUAACAUUCUUGCUGAUAUUGGGAAGCUACAAAAGCUACUAAUUUUGGAUCUCUCAGAUAAUAAAUUCUAUGGGAAAACUCCAUUGUCUUUGAAAAAUUUGACUUCACAAGAGUAUCUUUAUUUAGGAGUAAAUAAUUUGCAUGGCAACAUUCCUCCAAGUCUAGGAAAAUGCCCACUUGUAGAUCUAGCUCUUGGUGGAAACAAUCUUAGUGGUACCAUACCCAAACAAGUUCAAACUCUCUCAUCGUUAUUGAACUUGUACCUACAUGACAACCAUUUGGUUUGGUCCAUACAACUAGAAAUUGGGAAUUUAAUAAAUCAUGAACAAUUAGAUGUUUCAAGGAAUAUGUUGUCUGGAAAAAUUCCAAGCACUCUUGGUAGUUGUGUAAAAUUGAGAUUUCUAUAUAUACAGAGCAAUAAUUUUUGGGGAACUCUUCCUUCAUCUUUAAGUUAUUUGAGAGGUAUUGAGGACUUAGAUCUUUCUCACAAUAAUUUCUCAGGAAAAAUCCUAAACUAUUCAGAGGGCUUUGUCUUCUUACAAAAAUUAGAUCUAUCAUUCAAUGAUUUCGAGGAUGCGGUACCAGAAAUAGGCAUAUUUAAAAAUGCAACAGCUAUAUCUAUUAGGGGAAACAACAAGCUUUGUGGUGGUAAACCUAAAAUACAUUUGCACAGUUGCAAUACCAAGGGAUUCAAAAGGAAAAUAUUUACACUCAUCUUGAAAAUAAUAAUCCCCACAUUGUUUGGGCUUCUGGGACUAGUAAUAGUGUUGUGUUUACUGUAUCUUUGUUGCUUUAGAAAGACAACAAAAGUACCCUCUUUGAGAUUUUUAUGGAAGUCAUAUGUGAAAUUGUCCUACCAAAGUCUACUCAAGGCAACUGAUGGGUUCUCUCCAGCCAACAUGAUAGGCAUGGGUAGUUUUGGUUCAGUCUACAAAGGAAUUCUUGAUCACGGUGAAAAAAUUGUUGCAGUGAAGGUACUAAACCUUCAAUUCCGUGGAGCUUUCAAGAGUUUUGUUGCUGAGUGUGAGGCCUUGAGGCGCAUCAGACAUCGAAAUCUUGUCAAGGUUUUCACAGCAUGUUCAAGUGUUGACUAUAAUGGUAAUGAUUUCAAAGCUCUGGUUUACGAGUUCAUGGUCAAUGGUAGCCCAGAUAAUUGGUUACAUGCAAAUGAAAAUGAAGAUGAGGUGCAUGUCGAAUCAAGAAAUUUAAACCUCCUACAAAGGUUAAAUAUUGCCGUUGAUGUUGCUUCUACACUUGAUUAUCCUAGUCAACCUCAUCUGAUAAUCAAACAUAACUAUAAGUUUAAAAGAUUAAAGGAAUAA